UUAGACAUCAUAAUAUCACAAAGGUACUACACCAACUUUACGCUAGCUCUCAAAUAAAGAGGCGAGAAUACUUUUAAGAAGAGGUGAGAGAGAGAGAGAGAGAGAUGAUGGAGAGAAAGACUGUAUUGAUGUGCGGUGUUGUGGGAUUCUUGGGUCUACUAUCAGCUGCUACUGGUUUUGGUGCAGAGGCUACAAGGAUUAAGGGUUCUCAGGUUCAGUCUCCUUCACCUUCUGAAUGUAUAUACCCUCAGAGUCCGGCCAUGGCGCUUGGGUUAACUGCAGCACUGGCUCUUAUGAUAGCUCAAAUAAUUAUAAACGUCUCUACUGGGUGUAUUUGUUGCCAAAAAAGUCCUCAUCCUUCUGACUCUAAUUGGAGAGUAGCAUUGGUCUGCUUUGUUUUUUCCUGGUUUGCAUUUGUCAUAGCCUUUCUUUUGUUGCUGACUGGUGCUGCACUCAAUAAUCGACAUAGUGAAGUUAUGUACUUUGGAAACUACUAUUGCUAUGUUGUGAAACCUGGAGUCUUUGCUGGAGGUUCUUUGUUGUCCCUUGCAAGUGUGAUUCUUGGUAUUAUCUAUUAUCUGACCUUAACAUCGGCAAAGAACGGUAACAACCCAUGGGGCAAUUCUUCAGUUCCUAACCAAGGAGGGAUAGCUAUGGGACAGCCUCAGUUCCCACCACAGAGCACUCAAGAACCUGUUUUUGUACACGAAGACACUUAUAUCAGACGACAAUUUACGUGAUUGGUAGUUUGAUGUUCAAACAGCAUUUGUUGAAUCGUGGUCUCCUAUCAUCAGAGUACAAUAUGCUGCAAUGAGUCUUGAAAUGGAUGAUCUUGUUGGCUCACUGCGGGAAGUGAUGUUUUCUUCGAUCUCACUAUCUUGGCUGGCAUCAGCAAGAUCUUUUAACUAAUUGUUUUUCAGUAGUGGGUUUUCUUAGGCCGUAUAUAUACGUUCAUAUACAACGCAGUAUAUAUAUUUCCAUAUGAAUUUGUUAGGAUCAUUUAAAGGUAAGAAAUAUGCUUUUGUGGUCCAUGGUUGUAAUAAUUUUCCAAAUCUGGCAUGCUACAUGUAUUCUGUUACAAUUAAAUUUUGAUUUGAGUUUUUCGAGAAGAGAUGGUAAACA